AUACUUCAAGAAUUACAUCAACUCCAAGACUUUUAUUUUCCUGACAAUAGAUAGGUAUUGAGAAUAUCAAUGGUCAUUGACCAAUUUUGGUCAUUUCUCAGUUAAUUCUGGAUUGAUAGACGGUGACUUAAUGACCAUUAUGACCCAAUGAUCAUCUUAGAGUCGAUCGGUCAUUUCACAAUGAAUAUUGUAGGCCCAUGAUCAUUGAGAAAGUCAAUGAUAAUCCUCGAUGUCAAUAAUCAUUUCAAGGUCAAUGAUCAUUCCCAAGACAAAUGACCAUUUUGAAGGACACUGAGACCAAUCUUUGAAUGACCUUUUCCAACAAGGGUAUUAUUCAUGUUUCAAAGUCAAGACAUAAUUUUAGAAGAAUUCUUAUGUCAUAAUGAGUUAUGAGACUGACCAACCAUCGUAGACUGUCACCAAUAAGGGCUAGUUUUGAAGAUUAUGGUGAAGGUCAAGGAGCCUCUCAAGGUCAAAGUUUUCAAGGUCACAGUUUCCAAGGGCAAACUCCACAAGGACAGGGGCUUCAAGGUCAAAGUUCCCAGGGACACAACUCUCAAAGAUCAGGGUAUCAAGGUCAAAAUUUCCAAGGAAACAAUUCUCAAGGACACAACUCUCAAAGACCAGGGUUCCAAGGUCAAAGUUCUGAAGGACACGAUUCCCAAGGUCAAAGUUCCCAAGGACACAACUCUCAAAGAUCAGGGUAUCAAGGUCAAAGUUUUCAAGGACACAACUCUCAAAGACCAGGGUUUCAAGGUCAAGGUUCUCAAGGACACACUUCUCAAGGUCAAAGUUUUCAAGGACACAAUUCUCUAGGACACAAUUUCCAAGGGCACAAUUCCCAAAGACCAGGCUUCCAAGGUCAACGUCUGCAAGGCCUCGAGUUCCAAGACCAAAGUUUUCGAGGACACGGGUUUCAAGGUCACAGCGUCCCCUUGGGAAGUAAAACUUCUCCGUCUUCUCUAGCAACGUCUUCUGGAAGUCAGCUGCAGCGACCUAGGACAUCGGUGGUGAGAAGAAAAAAGAGAAGGAGGAGACUGACCAAUAACCUGCUGGAGCACAGGAGUUUGCCUAAACUGUUGCCACCUCUACACGCCAGCGUGAUACGACAGUGGCUGAGGACUGGUGACCUUGAGAAGUUGGAACAGGUGAUUAUUGAAGGUCAAGGUCACAAGUUGUUGACGGAGCACUCAGCUGAUCUCAAGGUCAGGAGAUUCCUCAAGGCGGUGCCUGCUUAUCUGGCUCGAAUUGAUUUGGUGCAAGAAGCAGUCACAAGAGGAAAACUAGAUGAUCUGAAACGGUUACUCAGUGAGGAGGCUGACACAAAACACCGCAGAAAACUGCAAAAUUCUCGAAAUUUGGCACUCUGUAGAGACCAGAACGGAACUGGUUUAUUGCAUAAGGCAGUAACUGGCGGCCAUCUUGAAAUUGCUGAGUGGUUGAUCAAGAAUUAUCCGAGCACUGUUCAUAUCAGAGAUAAGAACUGUACAGUCCGAGCCAAAAUCAGCACCAAUUUUGUGACAAAUUUCUGGCACAGACUGUACCCUGGAUUCGGUUCUUCCGUGUUUUAUUCUGUAGUUGGUGGUCAGUUAUAA